AUGCUGCUGAGCCCUGUCACCUCCACCCCUUUCUCCGUCAAUGACAUCCUGAGGCUGGAGCGCGAGCACAUUGGCCCCGAGGCUUUGCAACUCCGGGGGGCACGGAGGAGCCCGGAAAGUUCUCAGAACCCGCGACUGGUCCCAGAGCCGCGAGGGACAGAGGCUCACAACACUGGUAGCGACGGCGACAGAAGGCAGGACGGGUCGGCGCCUCCUGGGGGACCCUGUGAAACGGUCACAGAGAUGGACGCGGAACCCGUAGAGGAGCCACAGCCCGGCCUCAGCGCAGCUUCGCCCCUCCAAGGCGGGACCAGGAUGCCAGAGCGCCGCGUCGGCGACAGUGGCGACGGCGCACGCAGCGAGCGCACGGAGCAGCCCCGGGCGCGGCAGCGGCGGAAGCCGCGCGUGCUCUUCUCGCAGGCGCAGGUGCUGGCGCUGGAGCGGCGCUUCAAGCAGCAGCGCUACCUGUCGGCGCCCGAGCGCGAGCACCUGGCCAGCGCGCUGCAGCUCACGCCUACGCAGGUUAAGAUCUGGUUUCAGAACCGGCGCUACAAGUGCAAGAGGCAGCGCCAGGACAAGUCCCUGGAACUGGCGGGCCACCCCCUAGCGCCGCGUCGGGUGGCGGUGCCCGUGCUGGUGCGGGAUGGCAAGCCCUGCCUCGGCCCGGGCGCUCCGGCCUUUCCCGGUCCCUACGGCGCCGCCUCGGCGGCCUAUUCCUGUUACCGCGGCUACGCGGGCGCUCCCUACGGCGCGGGCUACGGCGGCGGCUACGCGGGCGCGCCCCGGGGCCCCGCGCAUCCCGCACCCCUGGCCAGCGCGGGCUUCGGCGGGGGUGGCCAAAACGCCAGCCCGCAAGGCCAUCUGCCCGCCACGCUGCAGGAUGUCAGGGCCUGGUGAGGCGCCUGGGCUCGGAUACACCACC